AUGGCCCCCGCGACGCGCAAGAACGAUCCAGACGCGCCGCCAGGAGGCGAGAGACAAGCCGAGCUGGAAGCGCAGCCCACACAGCUACGCGCCGAGAUUACAGCCCUCCAAGCCAACAAUCAAACGCAGCGUCAACCGCCGCUAGAGUCCAAGGCUCGCGUUCCGAGCGGCCUGCCAAAGUUCAAGGGGAAGCGCGACGACGAUGUGCGUCAGUGGCUCUUCCAAGUGGAGACCCUGUGCCGAAUCAACGGUCACAACGCGACGGACGACAACUACUCUGCCUUUGAUCGCGGGGACAGCGAUGGAGGAACCUGCGUCAGGAUGGUUCCUGUUCUGGGCCUCAAAAACACCGACGGAUAUGCAGACGUGGCGUCGGUUCACGGGUGA